GGUCCAUCACAACUUCCGGUUCCCAGUGUUGUGAAGAGAAGAUGUCUGCCGAAGCUCGGGCCGACCAGCGGCGGGUCCGCCCCGUCCCCAAGGCGAUCAAGUACCUGUUCGGGCUGGGGCUGGGGGCCAGGGCCGUGCUCAUGUCGUCUCACCUGGCGGGGUGGCUACAGGACAGGCUGGAACUCGCCUCACCUGUAACGUCAUGGACACGCAUGACUGAAGGCCUGAGUCUGCUGGACCAUGGGAUCUCACCUUACGAAGGGGACAUGUUUCACGAGACUCCACUGGUGCUGAUGCUGUUCUACUGUCUCAACAAGAUCUGGAGUGGACUCAUCCCCAUCUUCUUCCUGCUGGUGGACUGUAUAACAGCCUGUUUGCUGCACGAGGUCGGCUCGAACGUCUGCAGACACCUGCUGGAGAAACAGGGCAGACAUGUGAAGACCUACUCCACUGACUCCAUGUCGCUGCUGCUGACGGGGAAACAGCUGAACAGUGUUCCCAGGCUCAUGAUGGGCACGUACCUGUGUAACCCGCUGACCAUCGCCUCCUGUGCAGCCUUCUCCACCACAGGUGUGCACAACCUGGCCAUCGCUGCCGCUCUGCUAGGGGCCGUCAAAGGAAAGCGACUGGUGGCCACCCUCGCCACAGCUGUGGCCUCGUACCAGUGUGUCUAUCCAGAAAUCUUCAUCAUUCCCGUAGCCAUGUACAUCGCACAGCUAGAACAGGGCAGUCGUUUCUCCUUCAGCCACGUGGACAGUCGCCUGUCCAUGCUGCAGACAGCAGGCAGCCACUUCGCCUGGCUGGGGUUCCUGUGGAGCCUGUCGUACCUGCCGUUUGGGUCCAUGGACUGGCUCUACUCCACAAGGGGGUUUGUGUAAGUAGUUCAGCUCAGC